AUCAGUAUUACAGUGCUGCUGCUUCAUCACACUGCAUCUCCUCAUCCGUCUUACGUGAGACAACAAUGGCGUCUGCAGGCCUCCAGAUUUUUGGCAUCUUCCUGGGAACCAUCGGCUUUCUGGGAGACAUCAUCAUCUGCGCCCUGCCCAUGUGGAAAGUGUCUGCCUUCAUCGGGAACAACAUUGUGACAGCGCAGAUCUUCUGGGAGGGCCUGUGGAUGAACUGUGUGAAGCAGAGCACCGGACAGAUGCAGUGUAAGGUGUACGACUCUCUCCUGGCUCUGCCCCGUGACUUGCAGGCGGCCCGUGCCCUGGUGGUGAUCUCCAUUCUGGUCGUUCUCAUGGGAAUACUGCUUGCUGUCGCUGGUGGAAAGUGCACCAACUGCAUUGAGGAUGAGGUGGCCAAGAGCAGGGUGGCCAUCGGUGCAGGGGUGUUCUUCAUCGUCGGUGGUAUCCUGUGCCUGAUCCCUGUGUCCUGGUCUGCUAAUGUUAUCAUCAGGGACUUCUACAAUCCCAUCCUAGGUGACGCACAGAGGAGGGAGCUCGGAGCGUCACUGUUCAUCGGCUGGGGAUCUGCUGGACUCUUGCUCAUUGGAGGAGGACUUCUCUGCUGUUCCUGUCAGCAGCGUAAAGACAGCAGAUACUCGGUGAAAUACUCUGCCCCUCGCUCAGCAGCCAGCGGAGGAGCUUAUGUUUAGAUGUCAAGAAGUAAAGCCUGAACUCUCAGAGCCAUGUUUUUAUAAUCUUAAGCUAAUGUAUUUUACCUGUUUUUUAAUAAAACUUUUAAUGAUGA